ACUUCCAUUGCUAGGCAUUUUAAGAAAGAAUUUCUGUUGUAAUUGUAUACUUCGAUAAGGUCUGUGUGAGUCAAGCGAGGAACUUGUUCGCGAGAAAUAACCGAUCAAAAGAACCAGUGUUCAUCACUUUUCAACAUGAGCUCCUCCAAAUCCGUGACUCUUUUAACGGCAUUCUCCGCUAUCAUGGUUGCUCUAACAUCAGCAAGACCUGCAAGUGUACCGCCAAACGUUUUGAAUUACUUGGAGAGAUAUGGUUACCUGUCCCCUAGCGAUGUGAAAUCAGGAGAAGUAAAGAGUAAAAGGGUACUUGAUCAAGCAGUGAGGAAUCUUCAACGUUUUACAGGGCUGAACGAGACCGGAAAUCCAGAAGAUCCAAGCACGACUCAGUUGGUUACAGAACAAAGGUGUGGUUUUCAAGAUCUUGGUAAAGCAGCAGAGUUCCGAAGAAAGAAGAGAUAUGUUCGUCAUGGAACUUCAUGGAAGAAAAGACAUUUAACUUACAAGAUAACACGCUAUACUUCAGACCUCACAAAAAAGCAAGUGGACAGAACAAUAAGGUCUUCCUUGAAGAUGUGGGCAAAGGUUACUCCACUGACCUUCUCAAAAGUGAGCAGUGGUCCCGCAGAUAUUGAAAUCGUUUUUGAAAAAAGGAAAGACGAUGAUUAUUCAUUUGACGGGAGAGGAGGCGAACUGGCUUAUGCUUACUUUCCUGGAGAUAACAAGGGGGACUUUGGAGAUAUCCAUUUUGAUGACGAAGAAACAUUUACAGUCUCCAGACAGAAUGGAGCAGUAGACCUUAGAUGGCUGGCCCUCCAUGAGCUCGGACAUAGUUUGGGGCUCGCUCACUCCUCUAACAAACGGGCCAUAAUGUACCCGAUUUAUGAAGAAAGUCUGUCGGGAAAUAGACUGAACCGUGAUGAUAUUCUUGGAAUUCAACAUAUAUACGGUAAGCCAAAUAUCAAAAGAGUCACACCCACUCCUCACCUUGACCCGGUACAGUCUCCAGGAAAACCCAAUCCUUGCAGCAGUACGCUUGACGCUAUGAUAAUGACCGCUGACAAGAUAACCUAUGCCUUCAAGGGUGCAUAUUUUUGGCCGGUCGGCGAUCAGGGAGCAUUUACUGGAGCUCUUAAAAUAUCUGAAUUCUGGGAGAAACUCGAGGAUGAUAUUGACGCUGGCUAUACAAGAAAUUUUGACGGACUUACUUUUAUUUUCAAGGGAUCAAGAUACUGGACCUACAAAAAUCGAACGUUGGUAGAAGGUCCAUUGAACAUAACAGACCUGAACCUGCCCAACGAAGUACACAACAUGGACACCGCACUAGAGUGGGGCGCAAAUGGAGAGCUGUACAUCUUUAAGGGCGACAAAUUUUGGAGAUAUAGCAGCGAAAGAAAAAGUCUCGACCCUGGAUACCCCAAAAAUAUUCACUCCGUGUUACCUGAUCUUCCGAAUCAUUUGAACGCUGCACUGCAAUGGAAAAAUGGCAAGACGUACUUUUUCAAGGGGACACAAUAUUACGCCUUAAAUGACACUUCUAUUCAAAUACAGAAAGGGUAUCCCAAGACUAUUUCCACUUAUUGGAUGGGGUGUUCUCCGGCGGGUUUGAAGGCCGGGAAAAUAUCGCCGUAUCGUUCAUCUCAUGCACAUGCACAUGAUUCCGCUCGUUCCUCUUCUUCCUGUUCUUUUGCAAUCGUGGCGAAAUACAUUGUCUUAGUAGCUAGUUUUAUUUCAACAUAUCUCCUGAUACCGAAUAUACGUUAAGUGAUAGAUUUGGUUGAUAAAAAGGGUCCAGCAGAAGCCUGAUUCAGGCGUUUAGUUAGGCUGAAAACGGAGCAAGAUUGUAAAAGAAACGAUAGUGGCGGCGGGGUGAAAUGACGAGAGUCUUGGGUCGGAUCGUGUUCAUCACGCGAAUGGACCCAGACCUCCCUCCCACAUAGUCAAGAAAUAGCAUUAACAUCAAACCAGGCGACUGUUUUAAAUCAGAGCCUUUAAAUUGAUCAAAUUUUUUAGAGUAAAGGUCAAUCGAUCAAUCAGUUAAACAAUUAAAUAAUAUAAAGAUAAACUGAGUAACUUACU